GAAACGGUCGUCUUAGCACAGUCAGAACACAAAAGACGUGCUAAAAAGUGGAAGUGCUCAAACUGUGCAAAGAUGGUGGACUACAGCAAAUGGGAUAAUAUUGAGGUCUCUGAUGAUGAAGAUGAAACACAUCCAAACAUAGACACGCCAAGUCUCUUCAGAUGGCGGCAUCAGGCUCGGAUGGAUCGAGAGGAAGAAGCCAGGAAGGAGAAGGAAAGUGUCGCCUGUCAGUCUUUGCAGGCCAAGGUGAAACUUGAACAGACAAAAAAACAACUGGAAGAGCUCAAGACAUCUGGAGACACUGAACAGGAAAAACUUGCCAAGAUUCAGAGUGAACUCCAAGAUCUUGAAUUACAAAACAAAAAAUGGAGGGAGAAGGAAGCGGAGUUAGAAAAUAAAGAGAAGCUCACCCCAUGGAAUGUGGACACACUGAGUAAGGACGGCUUCAGCAAAACACGCAUCAACAAAGACGCCCCCAAGGCUGAAGAUCUAACUGAGGAAGAGAGGAGUGAGAGACAGGCCACCUUUGUCAAGAAGCACGAGAAGAACAUUAAGAAGUACGGUAUGCAUAAGAAGUGGGAUGACUCUGGGGCCUUCCUUCAGGAUCACAUGGAGCUUGUGUGUGAGGAAACGGCCAACUAUCUUGUCAUCUGGGCCAUUGAUCUUCAAGUUGAAGACAAGACUGCUCUGAUGGAGCAGGUAGCCCACCAGGUGAUUGUCAUGCAGUUCAUAUUAGAGCUGGCUAAAAGUCUCAAACGGGAUCCAAGAUCAUGCAUCAAGCCUUUCUUCACAAAGAUUAAGAGUGCAGAUAAACAGUAUAUGGAGUCAUUUUAUGAGGAGUUGAAUCUAUUUAAGGGACGGAUCCGUAAGAAGGCUCAAGAGAGAAUUGACCGAGCAAUGAAAGAAGCUGAUGAGGAGAUGGAGAGAGAGAGGCAGGCUAGGCUUGGGCCUGGUGGGCUGGAUCCAGUCGAGGUCUUUGAAACUCUUCCCAAGGAACUUCAAGCAUGUUUUGAAAGUAAAGACAUCUCAUUGCUCCAGAAGAUGAUUGGUGACAUGGAACCUUCAGAAGCCGAACAUCAUAUGAAACGCUGCGUUGAUUCCGGGCUGUGGGUACCAGGGGGUGGAGCCAGUGAGGGCAAGGCAGGGGAACAGGAAAAGGGACCAGAGGGAGAUGCAGGUGCAGCGAGCGAGGAACCGACGUAUGAAUCUGUAUAAACUACACACAUUACAUCCACUGGAUAUCUACUGCGUUAUGGUGUAAAAACACACACAAUGACACAAGACUGAAACAGUAAGAAGGGGAUUAUUGAACUGAAGCCCCACUCGCGCUAUACCAAGUUAGCAUUGUCACCACGAUUUAUGAAUAGUUAAUAUACCCCAUAUCGCACAACGGUGGUAGGAAAUGGCAGUCAAAGUUGAAGUGUUAAUACGCAAAGGCUGUUUCCAAGUCGAGCCUCCUUGAACCGCUGUGGCCAAUGGGAAGCAAGGAUCUCCAAGGAUAAAUUUCAUUGGUUAUGACCUUGUUAGUUUAAAACAUGCCUGAUACUUCACGGAGGCAACAAAGGCAAUUGCCUCCAUGCCUCCUGGUCAUUGCCUUUGUUCCCUUGAAAUGGUCCAGUAGAAAAUUAAAAAGGAGAAAAUGCCUUGGUGCCCCUUGCCUUUCAAAAGCGAAGCAUACAUGCCUGUUAAAACCAAUACUGUUUUGUUAUUAGAGUAGUUUGACGUACGUGAUGUAAUAUAGAUGUCUUCUAAUGUAUGUAACUUGUGCAUGUUGACAAAGGUUAAGUGGCUUCUGACUGACCCCCUUGAACAAAGAUAUUGACAACAGUAGGGAGGCUGCCAAGCCUGUGGUUAGAUAGCUCAGUUGUUUGAGCACUUGCACGUUAUUCCAGAGGUCACAGCUUCAAAUCCCUGGGGACAUGGGUCGCCCAUGGAAUUUUUCAGCAGAACUCGAAAAAGCAGGAAAUUGCAGGGUUUUCAAUUUCAAAAGGCGUUCAACAUAACCCAUGUUUCUUUUUCUGACACUUUUACAAUAUUUUUUUUUUUUCUCAAAAACUCAACAGUAAAACCAUGUCUGUACGCAUGGUAAUGGUUAUGCGGAAAUGAACGGUCUCUCAAAAGUAACAUUUUGUUGAUGUAUCCGUGCAAAUAUGUUUGUUUUUUUAAACAUACAUAUAGCUCUAAAAAUCACUGAUUUAGUAUAACUGUUAAACCAUUUCUUGUUUCUGUUUCUUUUGUAGUCAAAUUCCUGUUUCAAGUCUUCUUAUCCGUUAGAGUUUGACAGGCAUUUACACUGGUAUUGUUCUAAUGAUUUGUAAAUACACUUUUGUUCAUGUCAAUAAUUAUGUUUUGAAUACCAUUUAAACAGAAUGAAUGUUUAACCAGUUAAAAUCCUGAUCUUGGCCUAAUUUCAUGGCUCUGCUUACCGUAAGCACAGAAUCGGCGCUUACUGAAGCAGGGAAUUCUGUGCUUAUUUCACAGGUUAGCGGCGAAAUUUGGCUGCAAGUGACUCUCACCUUACUAGGUAUUCUACGCUUACAAGGCUAGUGCAGAAAUUUGGCGCUUGCAGGUGGCCCUGAUGGUAUUGCACAGAUGGUCACUGUUUAAACCUUGAAUAAGCCUCGACAGUUACCGCUAUUGUUACCCUACGUUAAGCAGAGACAUGAAAUUGGUCCUACCUCUGUAUUGAAUUCAAUUAACUCUACAGUUUAUGUCUUAAUUAAUAAUUCACUCGCCUUGCUUGAAGCCAAUGUAAUUAAUUAGUUAAUGUUUUCACUCCAAACUAAAGCCCCUGAGGUUGUGCAUAAAAACCAACACACAUGUAACACUGACAAUUUAUAAAUUAGACAUGUAACUGUGCGCAUUUUGUAUAAUAAUAAAUGAACCAAAUUAUUCCAUCAAUAAGAAAAA